AUGCCUAAUACUUCCCUAGCAUGUAUAAAUUGUCGCGUGAUUCAUCGAAGAUGUAUAACACAUUCUGAAGGCAUCUGUACAAACUGUAGACAUUACGGUCUUCCCUGUGUUUAUGUACAGGGUAAAAAGCGUGGUCCAAAGUCAAAUUCUCAGUCUCCUUCCAAUAUUAAUCCCUGUGGAACUGCUACUGAAGUUUUACUCUCAUCAUUAAACGAUUCCUCCUCUUUUGAAACUCCACAUGCUUAUAAUACUAACCAUUUAAACGAUUCCUCUUCUGUUGAAAUUCCCCUCAAUGUUCACCAGACUUCUUCCGAUACUUACACUUAUGAAACUAAUGAUACAUUCAUUGAUCAAUCGUUUUUGCUUCCGUCCUCCUCAUCCAUUUACGAAGGAUCAAUGCAAAAUAAUAAUCCUUCGAUUAACCUUUUUCAAAAUAUCACAUCAUCCUUUACUAACUAUUCAAACGAUUCAUCCUCUUUUAAUACUACUUAUCUUAACAUCCAUCCUUAUGGAACUACUGAUGUUCACAUAAUACCAGUACAAAAUAAUGAUUCUUUAACUAUUAGUCCAUCUCAAAAUGCCACAACGUCCUCUAUUAGUUAUUCAAAUGAUUCCUCCUCUUUAGAAAUUCCAUAUCCUUAUAAUAGUAAUAUCAUUAAUUCUCCCAAUACUUACACUUAUGAAUCUAAUGAUACAUUCAUUGAUCAAUCGUUUUUGCUUCCGUCUUCCUCAUCCGUCCACGAAGGAUCAAUGCAAAAUAAUAAUCCUUCAAUUAACCUUUCUCAAAACAUCACAUCAUCCUUUACUGAUUAUUCAAACGAUUCAUCCUCUUUUAAUACUACUUAUCUUAACAUCCAUCCUUAUGGAACUACUGAUGUUCACGAAAUACCAACACAAAAUAAUGAUUCUUUAACUAUUAGUCCAUCUCAAAAUGUCACAACGUCCUCUAUUAGUUAUUCAAAUGAUUCCUCCUCUUUAGAAAUCCCAUAUCCUUAUAAUAGUAAUAUUAUUAAUUCUCCCAAUAUUUACACUUAUGAAACUAACGACACAUUCAUUGAUCAAUCGUUUUUGCUUCCGUCCUCCUCAUCCGUUUAUGAAGGAUCAAUGCAAAAUAACAAUCCUUCAAUUAACCUUUCUCAAAAUAUCACAUCAUCCUUUACUAAUCAUUCAAACGAUUCUUCCUCUUCUAAUACUACUCAUCUUAACGUCCAUCCUUAUGGAACUACUGAAGUCUUCCAAAAUACAUUCGUCGAUUAA